AUGAAAGCUAAUAAACUGACCUCAUUUGACGCCACAGAUGAGACCAAAAACGGCAAAAAAGGCACUUAUGAAAGGGUUGUUGAUCUCAAAAAACAAAAUCCAAACCUAUCAGUAUUACUGGCCGUCGGGGGAUGGAGUUUCGGAACCGAACGAUUCAAAGUGAUGUCUUCUAAUAGAUAUAACAGACAAGUGUUUAUCUUCAGUGCAAUGGAUUAUUUAAGACAAAGGAAUUUUGAUGGUCUGGAUCUCGACUGGGAAUUUCCAAAGGGAUCGGAAGAUAAAAAGAAUUUUGAAUUGAGAGAAGCUUUCGAAGCGGAGGCCAAAGAGAAAAAAAUGCCUCGACUUUUAUUGACGGCCGCCGUCUCUGCCGGUGUGGACACUGUUAAGGGCGGAUACGAUGUGCCCGCAGUCGGAGCUUAUGUAGACUUUCUGAACGUAAUGUCGUAUGAUUUUCACGGAAAAUGGGAACCAAAGACUGGACACAACGCACCCCUCUUUUCACUCUCAUCAGAGACAGAAUGGAGGAAACAAUUGAGCGUGGAAUUUGGUGUCAAAUUAUGGGAAAAAAUGGGAGCGCCUAAAGAGAAGAUAGUGGUCGGUUUGGCCACUUAUGGCCGUAGUUUUACGCUAACGAACCCAUCAGACAAUGGUAUGAACGCCGCGACGUCGGGCGGCGGGAAAGCGGGUGAAUUCAGCCGAGAGGCCGGAUUCCUGGCCUUUUACGAGAUCUGCGAAAUGAUGAAAAACGGCGCAACAUAUAUAUGGGAUGACGAACAGAAAGUGCCAUAUCUUGUUGACGGCGACCAAUGGGUCGGCUUCGACGACGAGAGGUCUAUCAAAGCCAAAGUGAAAUGGCUUUUAGAUAACGAUUACGCCGGCGCUAUGGUCUGGACGGUAGACAUGGAUGACUUUAGCGGUAACUGUGCCGGAAGAAAGUACCCACUCAUUGAGAUUAUGGGCGAAGAACUCAUUGGACGGCCAAAGGGUUCCUCAAACAUAGAGUCUAUCGUACAAAAGGCGACAUCAAAUCCACUGAUCAAAGCAUCGGUUCCCAAACCAGAGACCAAUGUUGUGCACGAAAAGCCAGACCUCACUAAAAGUUCGUCGAUUACAUCAAACGCAUUGCCAACCGAUUUAGACGGCGAGACAAACGCCCGAAUCGUGUGUUACUAUACAAACUGGUCCAACAAACGGCCGGGUAUAGGCAAGUUUGAGCCUGAACAUUUAGACCCUACGCUCUGCACACAUAUAGUGUUUGCGUUCGCGAACCUAAACAGUGAAUUCAAGAUCAGUCCGAGUGAGGAAAGCGAUGAAACCCAUGGCUCCACUCCGGGACUCUAUGAUCGAGUGCUGGCCAUCAAAUCAAAGAAUCCCAAUUUGAAAGUAUUGAUAGCAGUGGGCGGUUGGAUGAUGGGUCCCACGCCCUUCAAACAACUCACUGAAAACACUUACCGACAAACUCUUUUCAUCUUCAAUACCAUCGAGUUUUUGCGUAAAAAAGGUUUCGAUGGACUCGACAUCUGUUGGGAAUUCCCGCGCGGGACAGAAGACCGCGAUAGAUAUGUCUCACUAAUUAAGGUAACACAUAUUUAUUAUUCAUUUAAUUCUGUUUAA